ACUCCGCCCCCCUUAUGCUCCGGGACUGGACGGGAGAGUUGGGUUACGGGGGGAAGGAUCGCUGUGAGAGAAAACUGCGGUUGGGGCCUGUUCUCUCUUAUCUCUAGCGACCGGUUACCUGGAAUGCACAUGUGUCCUUUUAAAAGGGGCUGAAAAUCGACACACAUUCUGUUUCUCCAUCUCAUGCAAUGGCUACAGGACUAAAAAAUGUGGGCAACGCUUUUGGUGGCCCAGCUUCCUCUAAAACCUUCCAGACCACCCCUGUUGUAGUAGAUGACGAUGAUGACGUGGUCUUCAUUGAACCUGUGCAGGUGCCUCCGAAUGCAGCAACCACAACUCCAAGAAGUGCUGGAUUUUCAUCAACGGCAAAAGAAAAUAACAGGACAGACUUGAAAUCGCACUCUUCCAGCAAGGAUUUAGAGACUAGCAAAGGAGCAAUAAGUGAGACAAUCAUCAUUGAUGAUGAGGAAGAACCUGAGCCCACUCGUGUCCAUGACAAAAAUGCUUCCACUUAUGCCAAUCGCAGACUUAUGGACUCCAACAGACCUAUCGGUGUGGAUUAUCCAUCUUCAUCCAACUUCUCAAGAAACAAGCCAAAUGCCGGCCUAAUCAGUUCUGGUAUUACUACUGAGCCUGACUCUGAAAUACAGAUAGCAAAUGUCACCACUUUAGAUUCUGGAUUGAACUCUGUAAGCGAUGGACACCAUCACACUACAGAGAGUAGAGAUAUGAAUCUGAUGAUCACACAUGUUACAUCCCUGCAGAAUCCUGGUAUGGUAGACGUAUCUAAUGGAUUGCAGUCAGCUAAUUUUAGUGGCCAUAUACCGACUUUUCCACCUCCACUUACCUCACAGACCAAGUCUACAACAGGACCUUAUAAUCCAGGAAGAAUUAGCGUUGGUGGUGAUGUCUUUCAAAAUGGUGAAUCUACGACACAUCAUACUUCUGAUGCCUGGAUAUCGCAAUCUGCAUCAUUUCCUCGAAAUCAGCAGCCUGGUGUUGAUACCAUGUCGCCAGUGGCCUCCCUUCCUAAACAAGUCUUGCAACCUCCCCCACCACAGCAGCCUUCCAAAGCUGUCAAAGUCACUUGUGCAAAUUGCAAGAAGCCGCUUCAGAAAGGGCAGACGGCAUAUCAGCGGAAAGGAUCCACUCAUUUGUUCUGUUCCACUACUUGCUUAUCAUCCUUUACACAGAAACCGGCUCCAAAGAAGCUCUGCACUAUGUGCAAAAAAGAUAUAACAACAAUGAAAGGUACAAUUGUUGCCCAAGUAGAUUCAAGUGAAUCUUUCCAGGAAUUCUGCAGUACCUACUGCCUAUCACUGUACGAGGACAAGCAGAACUCUGCCAAAAAUCAAAACAAGUCAAGGUGUACAAUUUGCGGCAAAUUAACUGAGAUUCGUCAUGAGGUCAGCUUUAAAAACAUGACCCACAAGCUGUGCAGCGACCAUUGCUUCAAUCGCUACAGGAUGGCCAACGGCUUGAUCAUGAAUUGCUGUGAGCAUUGCGGUGAAUACCUGCCAAGCAAAGGAGCUGGAGACAAUAUACUCAUGGUUGAUGGCCAGUGGAAGAGGUUCUGCAGUCCAGCCUGCCUCAAUGAAUUUAAGCUGAAACAUGGGAAGCUAACCAGCUGCACCGGAUGCAAAGCCCAAUGCAGAAUAUUCGACAUGACUCAGUGCAUUGGAUCAAACGGACACAUGGAGCCAUACUGUUCAACAACGUGCAUGAAUACUCACAAAGCAAAAUUUGCAAAGCCGCCGCCGCCUCCUCCUCCUCCACCACCUCCACCUCCACCAGUUCAGACCAUCAUACCCACCCAGAAUCCGGGAAUAAUUUGUCAUUUUUGUAAAAGAAACUCCUUACCUCAGUAUCAAGCCACCAUGCCUGAUGGAAAACUGUAUAACUUCUGUAGCUCUGGAUGUGUAGCUAAGUUCCAGACUCUCAGCAUGCAGUCUUCUACUAAUGGCCAGCAUGUCAGCAGUGACGUUCAGUUGAAAUGUAAUUACUGUAAAAACAUGUUUUCCUCUAAACCAGUAACACUGGAGUGGGAGAAAAAAGUCCACCAGUUCUGCAGCACGAUCUGCUGCGAGGACUAUAAAAAGCUGCACUGCAUCGUUACCUUCUGUGAAUACUGUCAGGAAGAGAAAACCUUGCACGAUGUCGUGAAAUUCUCUGGUGUCAAGAAACCAUUUUGCAGUGAAGGUUGUAAGCUACUAUACAAACAGGACUUUGCAAAGCGGCUGGGAUUGAAAUGUGUGACCUGCCACUACUGCUUUCAGAUGUGCAAAAGAGGAGCGACAAAAGAGUUUGAUGGCAAAGUUAGAGAUUUCUGCACAGAGGAUUGCAGUAGAAAGUUUCAUGACUGGUAUUACAAGGCAGCAAGAUGUGACUGCUGUAGAACUCAAGGGACUCUUAAGGAGAAAGUACAGUGGCGAGGCACUAUAAAGAACUUCUGUGACCAGCAGUGCUUACUGCGUUUUUACAGCCAGCAAAAUGAGCCCAAUAUGGCUACACAGAGGGGCCCAGAAAACAUGUAUAUUGAUCAAGGAGUUCAAGCUUCACGGCCAAGAGUUACGGGUCCAAAUUCUACCUGUUCUCCUGCAGCACCCAAGGACAUGAAGAAUAAGGCCGUGCUGUGCAAGCCAUUGUCAAUGACAAAGGCCACCUUCUGUAAACCUCAUAUGCAGACCAAGUCUUGCCAGACAGAGGAAGACUCCAAUACAAAGUAUGUUCCAGUGCCUAUUCCUGUCCCUGUAUAUAUACCGGUGCCUAUGAAUCUCUACAGUCAAAAAGUACCGGCUACAACUCCAUUACCUUUUCCAGUACCAGUCCCAGUUUUGGUGCCAGCUGAUUGGGACAAAAUUAAAGAACUAAAUGAAGAGCUUUGCCCUAAAGAUGUAGAACUAAAUCUAGAAGAUGAUUUAAAGGCCGAACCAGUUAAAGAGGAAGAAAUGGAUGAUUCCAUAUUACUGAUAGAAGAUACUCAGGAAGACGAGAAGAUGGAUGAACAGCGACUGGACUGUGAGGUGUUAAAGGAAGAAGAGUGGCAUGACAUAGAUAAAGAAGAACAAACUCGAGAGCAAGAUUCAUUGAAAGACGAAGGAGAUUCGCUGAAAGACGAGGGUGAUUCGCUGAAAGACGAGGGUGAUUCGCUGAAAGACGAGGGUGAUUCGCUGAAAGACGAGGGUGAUUCGCUGAAAGACGAGGGUGAUUCGCUGAAAGACGAGGGUGAAUCGCUGAAAGACGAGGGUGAAUCGCUGAAAGACGAGGGUGAAUCGCUGAAAGACGAGGGUGAAUCGCUGAAAGACGAGGGUGAAUCGCUGAAAGACGAGGGUGAAUCGCUGAAAGACGAGGGUGAAUCGCUCGAAGCUGAUGUCAAAGAGAAGGCAUUUACAGAGGUUCUAGAUCUUAGUCCAUUGCAGUCAGUGGAAUCUAUUGUGCUGGACACAACUGUUGCUGAAGAUAAGGCAGAUUGUGUCACAGAUGAAGGCAGUGUAGAUAAAGAUGCUACUACAAACUGCACUGCAGAGAGUCCACCGGGACUGCCAGAUUUGCCAUAUGAAGCAGAACUUGAUCUUGAAAUUGACUUCCCAAGAGCUGCUGAGGAAUUUGAUACGGAAAGCGAGUUUUUCUUGCCUCCUGUAUUUGAAGAGGAGUAUGAUGAUCAGCUCAAACCUAAACCAUUGAAAAAGGGUGCAAAAAGGAAAGCGGUUUCUGACCUCUUCUCUAAUGAAAACUCUGAGUCAUUGUUUCCACUGAAGUAUUCCUAUGGCAUCAAUGCUUGGAAGCAGUGGGUAAAAGCACGAAUAGCUGCAGAUGAGCUGACAGAAUAUAAAUCAGUAAGGUUAAAAGAAGACCUUCUGUUGCUCCCUGCAAGUGUUCUCAGUUAUUGGCUGUCAUGUUUUAUCAAGGAGGUGCGAAGACCAAAUGGAGAUAGCUAUGCACCAGACAGCAUUUAUUAUCUAUGCCUUGGCAUCCAGGAGUUCUUGUCUGCCAGCAGGAAGAAAGAAAAUAUAUUUUAUGAUGAAGAUUAUGAGAUAUUUGGACAGACCCUCAAUAAUAUUCUUAGAAGUUGGCAGCCAAGUAUUCUACCAGAUGGCUCAAUAUUUUCACGCGUCGAGGAACCUUAUUUGUGGCUAACAAAUCAGCUUGGAACUCAAUCUGCCAUGUGUCUGCUUUUUACCCUCUUCUACUUUAAUACUAAGUAUUUUAAUUUGAGGACAGUAGAUCAGCACUUAAGACUUUCUUUUGGUAGCGUCUUAAAACAAUGGAAAAGAAAUCCCCUUACGCAAGAGAAACGGGCUUGUCUUCAAUACCAGGGUUCUUCAUUAUUUGAGAGCGACAGUGAAGAUAAAGUUGUCCCUGGGAAAAGGAAACAUGAAGAUGACGAGGCAGUAAUGGAACAGAUUGAAAACACAGCUGACCCAUCACGUUGCCCUGUGAAAAUUUUUGAAUACUAUCUAUCUCUAAGCCCCCAGAAUCUCAACCAGAGAUUGGAUGUGUUUUAUUUGACUCCUGACAGCAUCCCUUCUGAUUCCUCUCUGUGGUUCACGUCAACUCCCCUGGGUCGCAACACUUUGGAAAACAUGCUAAUACGGGUUUUACUAGUAAAGGAUAUUUAUGACAAAAACAGUUAUGAACUGGAUGAAGACACAGACUAAAUCUUGUUGCAAGCUGUAAAGUGGUGGCAAGAAUGGAUGUCACGUUAGAUAGACAAGCUGCUGGCGUGAAUAACUGAGAGCGAAGAGUGAAAAACAUUUCACGUUUACUCCACAUGUAUUUUAUGAGUUUUGUAGCAGUGUACCCGGCCCGGGUAUAACCAUGUAAAUAUUUGUGUGACAUUUUGCCAUUUUCCUUGUAGUGAAUUUUAGGAAACCUAAAACACAACACAUACAACUCAGAUUUUUUUUUUUAUUAUUUAUUUGAAUUAGGGAUGUUUGUAACUUUUUACAUGAGAUCCGAAUGAGAAUGUGCCAUGUGUAUUUGCUUUAUCUCCAUAUUGCACAAUUCUACUGUCGAAAAGCUUUCUGUAAAAAAAAGAAAAAAAAAAGAAAAGGUUUUGCCCAGUUUCUUAAAUUCGCUAGUUAAGUAAAUCAGCUAGAAUUAACAAGAUUUAGAUUAUGCCUUCUCAAAUUUUAACUUCAACUGUAAAGUCAUAGGAACUGUUUUUAUUUUGAGUUUGGGGAUAAUAGAGAAAUCCUAUUGACUUAUUUAGAAUGAAAUUCUUGUCUGUACCAAAAACUAGACCAUUUUGAAAAUGUCAAUAUUUGUGUACUGUAACGUGAACUUUUGGUUAAUUUUGUUUCAUUUCUCCCUAUUUUUUUAUUUUUAUUUUAGCCCCUCCCAAUUAAAAUAUUACCAUGAA